AUGGAGGAAGAACCGCAACAUUUCAAGAUCGCUGGAUUUACUAUUUUCUCGAAUUUCGAAUGUGGAAAUCUUGGCUAUGUGGAGCUUGCAGGACGCGGAAUUUCGGGCAUGUUCCGGAAGCAUAUCCGCUUUGCCUCACCCAAUUUUCAGCGGAAACCCGACUUCGAGUUCGACAUUUGGACGAAUCGGGAUUGCGAAGGCACGGAUUUUGAAAACGGAAAUCGAACCUGGUUCUGUUUUGGAGUUGGUGGAGGUCCCCCUGGAGCCCUAGUUCAAUUCAACAUGAUGAACUUGAAUCGUCAGAAGCGUCUUUUUGCCCAAGGAAUGAAUCCUGUGUAUAUGGUGAUCCCAUCACAGCCUUGGUGGGACCGAGUUCCCGGGAAACCCAUGUUCGAGACCCUGGUGGGCAAUUUCUUCAUCAGUUUUCUUUUCCGUAUGCCGCAAGUUUCCGACGCUGAGACUUACUUUGCAUUCACGUUUCCCCACAAUUACGCGAAACUGCAAAGCAUUUUGCUGAAUCUCGACAAGAAGCAUUCCAACAUCGCCCAGAUGAUCAAAACCCCGAAUGAUUACAAAGGAGGGAUCUAUUAUCACAGAGAACUCAUGUGCUAUUCCCCGGAUGGUCUUAGAGUGGAUUUACUCACUGUCACUUCGAACAACGGGAUGGAUUCUGGCAUGGAAGAUCCGUUCAACGUGGCCAAGUUCGACUCGAAAGACGGGAUACCGUUUGAGGCCAAGAGUAGGCCUAGAAAGUUUCCUGCCAAGCCAGUGGUUUUCAUCACUUCUCGGGUUCAUCCCGGGGAAGUUCAAUCCAGCUUUGUUUUCAAUGGUUUCCUGAAGUUCAUUCUGAGUGAUGACCCGAGAGCUCGCCACUUGCGAGAACAUUUCGUGUUCAAGCUGGUCCCGUUUCUGAACCCGGACGGGGUCGUGCGUGGGCACUUUAGAACAGAUUACCGAGGGAUUAAUCUGAACAGAGUGUAUCAUAAUCCGUGUCCCGUCCACCAGCCAGCGAUUUAUGCCAUGAAGCGGAUCUUUUUGUAUCACGCGUUCAAGGAUAAGGCUGUGCUGAGAGCGGCGUUGGCGGCGGAAUCCCCGUACACGUUUGUGCCGCCACCGGAGCGGGUUCCGUCGGGGGCGGACUUUUUGAUUGACGAAACGACUCGGGACGCGUUGGACUUGAAUCUCAAGAAGGACAAGGUUGAGCGAGAUAAAGGUGGGAUGAGCGAGGAGAAGGCGACGGAUGAUGUUCCGCUAAGCCAGAUUCAGUCUGCUGCGAGGUCGUUUAUUCCGGCGGCUGUUCCAAAAGGCCGCCCUGCGGAUGUGGAAACAGCUUUUGAGAAUGUUGAAUCUCAUCGGGCCGCAUUAUUCAGGUUGAGGCUCAUGCGAAGUCUGACCGGCACAGAUAAGAAGUCUAAAGUGAAGACAGGUAGCACGGAAGGAACCGUUAUGGCUGGACUGUUCGAUCAGAUGCCUGCUUUGAACUCUCUGCUGAAAGAUAGGGUCCAGGUUCAAGAGACAAGUCAACCUUACCGAGCAGGAGGUGGUGCUGGUGCCGCUCAGGUUCCUUCAAAAUCUAGUCUUGUGCCAGAAAAAGUGGAAACGUACGAGAAUCGUGAAGCCCAGUUGGCAACGAGUGAAACACGGAUGUCUUCAGCUGGACCGGAUGUUGUGACCAGUAGCAUGAGCGUACCUCCUGUAACAUUCAAUGGCUCGGUGAAGAAAACUCGUCGCUCCAUUCCGGCCUACUUCAAUUCCGAACGCAUGUGGCCGGCAAAAUUGCCAGAGAAAAUUGAUAUCAAGAACGUGGUCAAACAGAAAGUGAAUGCUUUCAAAUUUGGUUUCGGAUUCCGAACAUUCACUGUCUCGGAUUGCCGGUGUCCUGGGAACUGCACAAAAUUUUGUGCUCCGAGUGAUCCUGCAUCACCAACUCAAAUGCGAGCCGGAAUGGACGUUGAGGACGCUGAAGUGAAACGACAGAAAUCAGGAGGUCCCUUGCCAUCGGAUCUUUUCAUUCAGGAUUCAGACUCGUGUGGAGCUCCUUUUGAUUCGAACGUUUAUCCUGGGGAAAGAUUGGAUCUUGCUGAUUCUCGUCCCCUGGCAGAAGGUGAAAAUUUGGGGAAUACGAAGCAAUGGUCUUCGUUGCAUCCCCCUGAAUGCACUUCUACCCGUCAAGACUCAGUGGAUCGGCAGGAAGGAGGCGGCGGAGUGGCGAGCAGCGAAUUGGGCGGCGAAGAAGACGCCAUGGCGGACAAUGCGGCUAUUAAUUUGUUCCGAUUGCCCAACUAUUUCUCGAGCGAGAAUAACGACGGGAAGGGAUCCGGUGUUUUCGCCUAUGUCGAUUUGCAUGGUCAUGCGAGCAAACGGGGGACGUUUUUCUACGGAAAUCAUAUUGACAACUUGGACGCUGCUGUUGAAACCCUGUUGUUGCCGAAAAUAUUGUCCAUAAAUUGCCCGUAUUUUGACUUCGACGCUUGCAAUUUUUCGAAGGCUAAUACUCAAGCUCGUGGAUACAGUAAAGCUGGUUCCGGACGAGUGUUUUUUCACAAAGCCACUGCCAAUGCCCGUUGUUAUACCUUGGAAUGCAAUUACAAUAGUGGGUUCUAUAAAUACAAUCCCCCUCCGUUACCGGGCUCGUUUCCUGGUCGCAUGGAGAAGGAGAAAAUUCGAUAUGACCCGGAAUGGACUGGCAAGGUUGUGCGCUACAAUCCUGUGAUUUUUAGAGAGGUUGGUCAAGCUUUGGCGAUUUCCCUUUUGGACAUGAUUGGAAAGAAUCCUUACUCAAGACUGCCCCAAAGCGAGUUCGGCGACGUUUUUGGCGUGAAGGAAUGGCUACGAGAUUAUUUGACAAAUCCCUUGCCUCCGGUUUCUGCGUCUCAGUAUCCCGAAGUGGCCCACGUUUUCGGACCCAUCACUCCGCCGGGCCAGGGAAAACCAUCGAGUGAUGCCGACAAUGAGAAAGGCGGAACGCCUGCUCUUGGAGAGAUAAUUGGUCCCGCGGACUCGUUGCUUGCCGACUUCGCGGAACAAGGCAUUGAUGCGGAAUAUUUUAAACGCUAAUGACAUCAUGACGCUUACUUUGCUCGGAGCACCACCCAACUUGCCUUUUCUUUAAUCGGUUCUCUCCUUUUGUUGGAUUUUUAUCGGUUUCUGAGGGAGACAAUGCUAAAGCUCGUUUGGAAAUGAGCUGAACUUAGUUUUAUUCGAAAUCUUGCCUACGGGUUGGCUCUUCAUUUUUGCCUCCUUCGUAAUUCGAAGCGAUUCUGCGGAUUCAUUUUUUUAAUGCAAAAUCAAUGAAUCAGUUGCUGACAGUAUUACCUAAGAUCCGACUAACGUAACGAAACAAUUAUUUGAAAAUGUCUCCCAUUUAUUCCUAAGACCCGGCUGGGAGGAAAAGCACAAACGCUAGGAGUUUGGCGAGUUUUUAAAGAUCAUAACGAAAGUUGGUGAAGAACGUAAUUGGAGUCAAUUAAAAAGAUUUGAAAAUACCCAGAAUCAGAAAGAGUGAUGGGUUGGCAACACUUUUGACACAACCCUCGUAAGGUAUACCGGUGGACUCCCUACAACGAUUUUUCUCUGUAUAACGAAUUGUUUCUGGUCCCAUAAGAUCUCUUUCACCCGUGUUAUAGGGGUUCUCUACAAUGAUUUUUUUUUCUGGUCCCUUUUUAUUCGUCGUAGAGCGAUUCCGUUUUAAUCGCGAGCCUUGUGCUUUUCGCUAUCUGAAAAUGAGUUGUGCAUACUGUUGUCGGUCGCUAAAAUGUUGAUAAUAUGCAUUUGCUGGCUCUUGUUUUUCUUUCCGUUGUUUGAAACAUAUCUAAAGGAACCCGGAAGCGAAGGUUCGGCAAAGAAAAAGCGCAUACUAGUGCUCAAAGGGGCCAAGAAACGCUCUAGACCGGUUCAAAAGCCGCCCUCGAAGUCUUCACGUUCAAGCAGUGAUAAUGACGCCGCCGGUAUGAGUUCAGAGAUGUCGCCUCCUUCCCGCAAGGCCCUCAAGGCGCACAACCCACCGUCUGCCAAAGGGCCCAAAGAAAUCGUAUCCAAAGUUGGAGAGACGACGAAUGUCGCCAGUGGUUCCUCGGCGUCAGUGGUUGCCACCGGUGUCCGGAAGAAGAUCAAGAAAGUGCGGAAGUUCUCUGAAAAGCUGCUGCCGAAGCGGAAGCGAAUCAAGACUGCGAGCAGCAGCGAUCGAUCGAGUUCGACCUGAAAAUUCAAAAAGUUUGCUAUCAAGUUUAAUUUUGCCUUCGAGUCCUUCCCUGAAAUCCCACGCGAGUAUUUGCUAGAGUAUUCAUCGAGAACCCCGCGUAUUUGCGAUGGCGUCAAAUGUUGAAGGUUGCCAAGAAGAAAAUUGUCUCUCUUGAAAUAUCUCCAGAAACCAAGUAUAACUCUGUUUGCGGCACUAGGUAAGUGUCGAGUUUAAACAACAGCGGACUGCUGUUCGUUUUUCAAAAUAAUUAUUUUGAAAAGUUUUUUGGGUUGUGGAUUAGGCUUUUCAUGUGAUGACUUCUGGGUGUUAUUCUAUUUUUUCUCCAUAAUCAUCCCUGACGUUGAAAAGAAGGGAGGGGAUGACACGUUCGGAGAAAAUUUUUCUUAUGCAAUCUGGCAUGGAUUAUGAUUGGACUAGAAUAUUCUCAAGUACAGUAUAAGACGCGAGAAGCUUUGUUUUUCUCCUUCUUGCGUUAUAAAUACUGUGAAUGAAAAUUAUGCAUACUUUGCAUAAAUGUUGAUGCGUAUUCGUGACUGCCAGUGACAUCUACCCGUAUCAAGACACUUGGUGGACUGAAAGGACCAAGUUUGAAAUUCUUAAACAUUCAAUGGGGUUUAGGCUCUCAAAAAUUUCGUGAGGCUUUAAAAUUUGAUGUGACCCCUUCGUAUCCAGGUUAUUUCAGAAAUAAGCUUUUCGUAGUUUCAAAAGGUUCAUGUUGCGUUGCCUAGAUUCAUUGUUGGAAAUACUUUAAUGAGCCAUGUCAUGAUUUCUCAAGAGCAUUUGUUGGAAAAUGUGGAUGAUUUCAAGAGAGAUCCAUGAUGUUGAUACGACUCUUGAUUUAUAUUUCAACAAUUGGAGGCGUCAACUCGUAUCUUACCAGAUACAUAGCAAUUUUACUGCACUUCACGAUAAAGUCUGAUUUAAACAUUUUUAUUUUUCUGAGUAGGAAUAAUUUAGGAAAUUAUCGAAGGUUAUAUGGCUGCGUAUUAAUUUCUUGUCUCCUUACCAGACUUCCAAUAAAUGGAAGAGUGCCCUCAAAUUUAUUAUUACUGUAUUGGAAUCUCUUACAACAUUUGAGAAUCAGUCUUGAGGGGAAUGUUUCAUAUUUUUUGUUUUAUGCGAUGGAUUAUAUUUUAUUUAGUGCAUUAUCUUCUGAUGAGCGAUUUGAAGUUCGCUGGAAACAUUUUCACUAGACCUUUGAAAAUUUAUUGGAAAAUUUUUCAAUCACGGCCGAAGUUACUGUCCUCGAACCAUCAGAACUCGAUAUUUUUUGAGAGCUUCGAUCCUCUCAUGCAAACGUUUCAUUUGGUUCGACGAUCUCGUUUACGAUUUUUGACUCGUCGUGUACUGAUUUAUUAACAGUGUGAUACUAGUUUUAAAAUAAUGUUUUCAGUUCCCGCGCGUGAUUUUUCCGAAUCGGUAAUUUGUAGCCGCCAUUGUGAUACUCCUUCCUUCGCGUUGACAGCGGUUUUUUUUUUUUUUUUUUUUUUUUGUGUUUAUUUGGUCCAUGAACGCGACUCGUUCCGUUGUCUAGUGUUACCUUGUUGUGUGGCACGGGUUUUUGUUCGUUUUUCUGUGUGGAAUUUUUGGUUGACGGCUCGAGAGCUUGGUUUGAAGAACGGGAUCAUGUGGCAAAAACGGAGAAGAAAUGAAUGCAAUCGCUGCAGAAAUUA